GGACGGGCCCCUGCCGGCCGCCGUAGCGGCGCUGGGCGUGCCGCGGCCCCGGGGGCGGAAGCGGCGAUGGAGCCGGCGAAGAUGGCGUCCCCCAAGAGCGCGCCCAAGGAUGCGCAGGUGAUGGCGCAGAUCCUGAAGGACAUGGGCAUCACCGAGUACGAGCCGCGCGUCAUCAACCAGAUGCUGGAGUUCGCCUACAGGUAUGUGACCACCAUCCUGGAGGAUGCCAAAAUCUACUCCAGCCACGCCAAGAAGUCCAGCGUUGAUGCCGACGACGUCAGGCUGGCCAUCCAGUGCCGCACAGACCAGUCCUUCACCUCUCCCCCUCCCAGGGAUUUCCUGUUAGAGAUUGCAAGGCAGAAAAACCAGACGCCGCUGCCGCUCAUCAAGCCCUACUCUGGACCCAGGCUUCCUCCUGACAGAUACUGCUUGACAGCUCCCAACUACAGACUCAAGUCCUUGCAGAAGAAGGUCUCUUCCUCUGCAGGAAGAAUUACAGUGCCCCGCCUGAGCGUUGGUGCUGUGAGCAGCAGGCCCAGCACUCCCACCUUAGGGACACCUUCAGCACAGACAGUGGCUGUCUCCACAAAGGUGGGCACCCCGGUGUCGCUGACGGGGCAGAGGUUCACCGUGCAGAUCCCCUCCUCACAGGCAGCUGUCAAGGCAGCUACACCAACUACUCCAACAGUCCAGAAUGUUCUCAUCAACCCUUCGCUGAUUGGCUCCAAGAACAUCCUCAUCACUACCAACAUGGUCUCAUCACAGAACACAGCUCCUGAGGCCAACCCCUUGAAGAGGAAGCACGAUGAUGACGAUGACUAUGACACCUUGUGAUCGCACUGAGUCCUGUGAGGGGUUCGGCAGGAUGAAUCAGAGCAAGCAUGUGGACAUCUAGUGGGCUUCCUGGGGCAUGGCUGUUGGGGGGAUUAAACAGGAAGGAUUAAUGCUGAUGGGCAGCACAUGAA